AUGCCAGAAUUUCCGAGCAGACUGUUGAAUCGAACCCUGAUCCCCUUCCAUUUUUCUCCUCGCUGCUCGCGUCCUCAACUUAUCUCGUCCCGAACAAAGCGCACGCACACCACCCCCAAAUAA